ACGCCCCCAAAAAAACAAAUAAUUACGGAAAAGCCCCCCGGCUCCCUCCGCCAUCGCCUCGCCCUCGCCUCGCCUCCGUCUUCUUCUUCCUCCUCCUGCGACCUCCAAUUCCCUUCCUACCCAAACCCUAAAACCUAAAUGGCCCUCGCCGCGAGCUCGCCGGGGCGGCCCCCGUGCGGCCAGUGACCGCCGAUCCGCCCGCCCCCGCCGCGGCCGGCGGCGUCCCGGGGGCCCGAUCUCGGGGGGGGGGGGGGGGAAGGGACGGACGGGAGAUGGCGUCGCGGCAGCACAAUGCGCAGUUCCACAAGAACAAGACGCUCGACAACAAAUACAUGCUCGGAGAUGAAAUAGGGAAGGGGGCAUACGGGCGCGUGUACAAGGGGCUUGACCUGGAAAAUGGCGACUUCGUGGCCAUUAAGCAAGUAUCGCUGGAGAACAUCCCGCAGGAGGAUCUCAACAUCAUCAUGCAAGAAAUCGAUCUAUUGAAAAAUCUGAAUCACAAAAAUAUUGUGAAGUAUCUUGGAUCCUUGAAGACAAGGAGCCACCUCCAUAUCAUUCUAGAGUAUGUGGAGAAUGGGUCACUUGCCAAUAUUAUCAAGCCAAACAAAUUUGGGCCAUUCCCUGAAUCACUGGUGGCUGUCUACAUUGCUCAGGUGCUAGAAGGUCUUGUUUAUCUUCAUGAGCAAGGUGUCAUACAUAGAGAUAUUAAGGGUGCAAAUAUAUUGACUACCAAAGAGGGCCUUGUCAAACUUGCUGAUUUUGGAGUUGCUACUAAAUUAACUGAAGCUGAUAUCAACACACAUUCAGUGGUUGGAACUCCAUACUGGAUGGCCCCUGAGGUCAUUGAAAUGUCUGGUGUUUGUGCUGCAUCGGAUAUCUGGAGUGUUGGUUGCACUGUUAUUGAGCUACUCACCUGUGCCCCACCAUAUUAUGACCUCCAGCCCAUGCCUGCAUUGUUUCGCAUUGUUCAGGAUGUGCAUCCACCAAUACCAGAAGGAUUGUCUCCUGAGAUUACUGAUUUUCUUCGACAAUGUUUUCAAAAGGACGCAAUACAAAGACCUGAUGCAAAGACAUUAUUGAUGCACCCAUGGCUGCAAAACUCAAGGCGAGCUUUGCCAUCUCUUCGACAACCUGUUCGAUCACCAAGUACUGUCAGGGAUAUUGAUGGGGAUGAUGAAGGAUCAAGUGGUGACAAUCACUCUGGAUUUUCUGGACCACCACAAGAUACACAAACACCUGCUGCUUCUGACCUUGAACAGGAGAAUGGAAGAAAAGAUCUGGUUUCUGAAUCUGCCAGGCAAGAUAUAUCUGAUGAGUUUCAUGAUGGAAAGUUAAAAACUACUGGGAGUAGUAGUUCAAGCGAUGUGGAACUUAUGAAAGACAGCAUGGUUCUUAAUAAAGAUCCUACAUUAGUUUUCCAUGAGAAGCUAUCAUUGGAAUCUUCAUCAGCCGUAAUUGAUUUAAAUGGUAAAGUAACCCGUGAGGUAUCAGAAGAUGGUCCACCGAAAAAGUUAACUAGCACCGGCCAAGAAUCAAGAAAGGGUGAUGGUAAAUAUGUAGAAGAUGAAAGUAAAGAUGGUUCAAGUCUUGAGGAUGGUGAUGCCUUCACCUUCCAGGCUGGAAGAGAAAAUAUCAACUUCCCAAAAGAAGGUAAAGCUUCAGUUGUUGAGAUGGCUAAUGAGCUAAGCAGAUUCAGUGAUACACCUGGAGAUGCCUCCUUUGAUGAUUUAUUCCCACCUAAGAAGCGAGGAGAUCAUGGGGCUCAAGCUUCAACAUCUUCUACUGGCGAAGAGCUUCAGUAUAAUGGUGCACAAAAUGAUCUCGCAAAGGAACUCAAGAAUAGGAUGGCUCAGAAGCAGAAGGAAAAUGAUUCUGAGCCCAUGAAUGGUGGAGAACUUCUUAAAUAUGUCAUGCGUUUGAGGGAGGAAGAUAUUGAUGGAACGGUAUUUGAUGAGGGUAUUCCUGGAGAGAGCUUGUUCCCUUUGCAGUCCGUGGAAUACAGCAAAAUUGUAGCACAGCUGAAACCCGGGGAAAGUGAGGAAGUGAUAUUAUCAUCAUGCCAAAAGCUUAUGUUAUUCUUCAAUCAACGGCCUGAGCAAAAACAGAUUUAUGUGUCACAAAAUGGUUUCCUCCCGCUGAUGGAACUUCUUGAACUUCCCAAAAACCGUAUUAUUACCUCUGUCCUGCAACUCAUCAACCAAAUAGUAAAAGAUAAUACAAACUUCCUAGAAAAUGCUUGCCUUGUUGGCCUUAUUCCAGUGGUCAUGAAUUUUGCUGUUCCAGAUCGCGCAAAGGAAGUUCGGGUGCAAGCAUCUAGAUUCCUUCAGCAGCUUUGUCAAGCCAGCACCUUGACAUUGCAAAUGUUCAUUGCAUGCCAAGGAAUCCCUGUAUUGGUGAGUUUUCUGGAGCCUGACUAUGCAAAAUAUAGGGAAAUGGUUCAUCUUGCAAUUGAUGGCAUAUGGCAGGUCUUCAAGCUCCAGCAUUCAACUCCAAGAAAUGACUUCUGUCGCAUAGCGGCAAAAAAUGGGAUACUUAUUAGGCUGGUUAAUACUCUUCAUAGCUUGAAUGAAGCAACAAGAUUUGCUUCCAUCUCUGGGUCUGGGACUUCGGUAACACAGAAUGGUUCCACCCCCAGGCGAAGAUCUGGUCAAUUAGAUCCGGCAAUGCUAGAAAUUUCCAAAACGAGGCUGGAUCAUCACCAUUCGUCUGGCUCACUACAAUCUUUACAAGCAGAUGCAGAUAGGCAUCACAUCAUAUUGGAUCCUUCAUCAUCACCUAGAUUCACUGAUAUGGCUGCUGCUGGUCAUAUGGAGAGAAACGAUAAUGACCCCAUUAGGCCACAACGGCUUAGUGUCUCUGCAGGAAGGACAUCAACGGACAGAUCACCAAAGCAUAUAGAACUAGUAUCGAAUGGGCAUAGCAGUGGUCAAAACGAUCAAAUUCGUCCCCUAUUGAGUCUCUUGGAGAAAGAACCACCCUCUCGGCAUGUAUCUGGACAACUUGAUUAUGUUGGCCACUUAUCUGGUCUAGGAAGGCAUGAAAGUAUCUUACCAUUACUGCAUGCUUCAACAGAGAGGAAAACUAAUGGUGAACUUGACUUAUUAAUGGCAGAAUUUGCUGAGGUUUCUAGACAGGGAAGAGAAAAUGGUAACCUUGAUUCCAAUAUAAAAACUUCAAAUAGGGUUCCAAGCAUGAAGUAUGCACCAUCAUCGGGUCCUACAACUUCAAAUGAGGGAGCAUCAACAUCUGGAGCUGCAUCACAGACAGCAUCUGGUGUGUUAUCCGGAUCAGGGGUGUUAAAUGCAAGACCGGGAAGUACAACGUCAUCUGGCCUAUUAGCUCAGAUGGUAUCGAUGAGUGCUGAUGUGGCACGUGAGUAUCUUGAGAAAGUUGCUGAUCUUCUUUUGGAGUUUGCUCAAGCAGACACUGUUGUAAAAUCUCUCAUGUCUAGUCAAAGCCUUCUUGCACGGCUUUUCCAGAUGUUUAACAAGAUAGAACCUCCUAUCCUUCUCAAGAUUCUUAGGUGCAUUAAUCAUUUGUCGGGUGAUCCUAAUUGUCUUGAGACACUUCAGCGCACAGAUGCAAUCAAACAUCUGAUACCAAUUCUUGAACUUCGUGAUGGCCCUCUAGUUUUUCAAAUACAUAGUGAGGUCCUCAAUGCUCUAUUCAACCUUUGCAAGAUUAAUAAAAGAAGACAGGAGCAAGCAGCUGAAAAUGGGAUCAUCCCUCACUUGAUGAAUUUUGUCAUGUCAGACUCACCUCUCAGACAGUAUGCUUUGCCUCUGCUGUGUGAUAUGGCUCACGCUUCUCGCAACUCCAGAGAGCAGUUGAGGGCUCAUGGAGGAUUGGAUGUGUACUUAAACUUGUUGGAGGAUGAUGCAUGGGCGUGUACUGCGUUAGAUUCAAUUGCUGUUUGUUUGUCUCAUGACAAUGAUCUCAGAAAAGUGGAACAAGCCUUGUUGAAGAAAGAGGCCAUUCAGAAAUUAGUGAAGUUCUUUCAAGAGUGCCCUGAACAAUAUUUUAUUCAUAUAUUGGAUGCUUUUUUGAAGAUAAUCACGAAAUCUUCUCGGAUAAAUACUGCAAUGGCUACCAAUGGUUUAACGACACUACUGAUUGCAAGGCUUGAUCAUCGAGAAGCUAUUGCCCGCCUGACCCUGCUAAAAUUAAUAAAGGUUGUCUAUGAACACCAUCCUCGACCAAAGCAGCUCAUAGUUGAGAAUGAUCUUCCUCAGAAGCUACAGAACCUGAUUGAAGAGCGAAGGGAUGGGCAACGUGGUGGUCAACAAGUGUUGGUCAAGCAAAUGGCGACCUCUCUGUUGAAAGCGCUGCAUAUCAAUACAGUACUGUGAUUUGUGAUUUCAGCCGUUUGCGUAUUUUUCCUCUCAAGUUGUAGAUGUUUGCCCCUGAGGAAAAGUUUUGUUUUUUUUCUUCUGCCGCUGCCUCUUUGUACCUGUGGUUUCCCUGUCGUGAGCGCCAGACUGUCUGUUGCACGCCUGAUCCCUCUUUUAUCGGGAGAAAGGUUCAACGUUCGGGUGCUAGAUGCAAAUGGGUUCUUAAAGCCCUCCUUGGUUGUUUAUAUUUAGUGCACUAUUAGUGAAAUGAUGUAAUUAGGUUUUACCCAGGUUAUUUUAGACCUCGUGUAGACUUUCCUGCAUCUGAUGUUAGUAAAAUUUUUUGCUCUAGUUGUGAUGGC